GCAUGGAUACAACCAACAUAAUGAAACAGAGCACAAACCGAUCUAAAGCACUCUGCCUGUGUUUGCUUCUGACAUUCCUGUUUCUGCCCAGCAACUUUGGUAACAUCUGCACUGGAUCUCAACCACAUACCAAUCCGUCUUUGGUCACGCAGCUGGAUUUAAGUCAGUGCAACAUUAGCAGCCUUCAAGAAAGUGAUUUCAAAUUACACCCCAAUUUACAGACGUUGGACCUCUCUCAUAACCUUCUAAAGCAGUUAGACUUUUCAGUGUUCCGGUUUAAUACCUUCCUAAAGCAUUUAGACAUCUCAUACAACAACCUCCGCAAUAUAAACUGUAGCUCGCUACAAUUUAUUAAAGACAUCAAACAUCUGAUUAUGGCUUACAAUAACUUUGAUGCAAGCUAUCUCUGCCAAGAAUUUGGCUACUUGACAAAGUUAGAACAUCUUGGAUUGAGCAGCAAAAGGAUUCAGAAAAAUGAUUUUGAAAACAUUGCACUCCAAGAGUUUAAGAGCAUAUUUCUAGCACUUGAAGAACUGCAAGGAUAUUAUCCUGGUAGUCUGAGGCUACUGAAAAUGGAGAAGUUACAUGUCAUAUUACCCCAACGUGUCUUCUUUUUAAUUGAAUACUUUUUGCUUGAUGUCUUUACCUCAACAACAACUCUGGAAAUCUCUCAGUUUAUAUGUAAAGAUUGCUCUUUGGAGGUGAUGUCUUUGAUUGCCAAACAGGCAAAUGUAUCAACUCUAAUUCUUAGCAAUAUUAUAAUGCCAUGGCGUUACCUGAACAUACUUCUAGAAGGUUUGUGGAAGUCCUCAGUUAAACAUCUCUUCAUCAAUGGUAUCACAAUCAUAGAAGAUUUUGAUUAUAUAUCCAUUGAUGUCUCUGAAGGUUCAAUAGAAUCUUUAUACAUUGAAAACGUUAUGGCCCUGGUGUUUGAAUUUUAUAAACACCCCUUGCUGAUUUUUUCAGAAAUGAUUGUCCACAAUUUGACUCUAUCGAAUGCAGAACUUACAUUCUUCUUUUGUCCUCAAUUUCCGAGCAUUUUCCAGUCUCUAAACUUUGCAAAUAAUGGUCUUACCGAUGGCGUUUUUCAACAAUGUAGAUCCCUUCCAGUCCUGCGGUAUCUUAACUUACACAAUAACAGACUAGAGAAGCUUCUGAGCUUAAGCUCAAUGACUUCAACUAUGAAUUCUCUGCAACAUCUAGAUGUGAGCUUUAAUACCUUGUACUAUGACCGGACUGUACAAUGUGAAUGGUCAGAAAGUCUGGUCUUCUUAAAUUUGUCCAGAAACAAGCUAACAGAGUCAGUUUUUGAAUGUCUACCGAAUAGUGUUGAAAUACUGGAUCUUUCCCGGAACCAGAUAAAAAGUAUUUCUAAAGAAAUUAAACUGUUAGCGGCAUUAAAAGAAAUAAAUCUGGCAUUAAACCAGCUUAGUAAUAUACCAGAUUGCAGGCACAUGAGUAAGACUUUAAGGGUCCUAAAUAUAGAUAAUAAUGGUAUAUUCUCUCCAUCGGGAGAGCUUUUUCAGAGCUGCCGUAAUGUAAAGAGCAUAAGUGCUCUAAACAAUAAUUUUGUUUGCAAUUGUGAAAUGCGGUCAUUUGUUAGCUCCAUGCAGGCAUUUAAAGGAGAAAUAGUAGGGUGGCCAACAUCCUAUAAUUGCGAACUUCCUGAAGAAUUUAAUGGAAUCAUUCUUAAGGACUUCCAUCUUUCUGAAGUAUCGUGUAAUUUAUACCUUUUAAUUGCCGUUGUUGUAGGUUCAGUAUUGGUUGUGGUAUUGCUCCUAGUUUUUACAUGUAAAUAUUUUGAUUUACCUUGGUAUUUGAGAAUGAUUUUCCAGUGGCUUAGAAGUAAAUAUAGGGUAAAGCAGGUUAAUGUAACAGAGAUCCAGAACAGCAAACUUUUUCAUGGCUUCAUCUCAUAUAGCCAAAAAGAUGGUGACUGGGUAAGAAACAUUUUGAGACCAAACCUUGAGAAAGAUGAUGGGUCAGUAAGAAUCUGUCUCCACGAAAGAGACUUUAUUCCAGGCCAAACAAUAGUUGAAAACAUCAUCUGCUGCAUAGAGAAAAGUUUUAAGUCUAUAUUUGUCCUUUCCCCCAAUUUCCUUCAGAGUGAAUGGUGUCAUUAUGAACUAUUUUUUGCACAGCAUUCUUUAUUUGGCAAGAAUUCUGACAACCUGAUACUCAUUUUAUUGGAACCUAUACCCCAAUAUCUUAUUCCCAACAAAUACAGCAAAUUAAAAGCACUAAUGAAGCAAAGAACUUACAUGGAGUGGCCAAAGGAGAAAGCCAAACAAGGCCUUUUUUGGGCUAACCUCAGAGGAGCAAUGGAAAUAGACCUUCCUGUUCAGGAAGGGAAGUCAUUAUAG